GGAGAGCUGUAUGCUUGCUGUGAUCCAAUCCACUCCGAUCGAAACCCAGCGGAAAAAAAAUACCAUUCCCAUUUUCUUCCCGAUUCCACCGAAGUGUGGUUUGCGUCCGUCAUCUACUAGAUCACCAAGAUGCCGGCGGCCGGCACCCACCGCACCAUGCCGGAUGGGGCGGCGGCGCUGGAGGUCCCCUCCAAUCGCCCGAACUUCGUCACCCGCCCGUCCUACUGGGGCCCUCCGGCCGCCACUGCGGUCUUCCUCCCGCCGGAGAGACUCAAGGGACGCGAAGCCUCCAUCCAUGCGUACCUGGACUUCCCCUCCGAUCCCGAGAUGGAGUACUACUCCCGGCGCUUCGCGUACGCCUACAUCACCCCGGCCCGCGCCGAGCCGGGCCCCUUCAUCCGCCUCGUCUUCCGCACUCUCGCCCUCGACCUGCCGCAGACCUUCGAGCUCCUCCACCCCGACCACGGCGCCGACGCCAUGCUGCGCUUCCGCACGCCCCACGACCGCGAGGCGGCCAUGGGCCGGCAGCCGUUCGUGCUCGACGGCGCCACGGUGAAGCUCAUGCGAGAGGACGAGACCCCCGACGUCCGGAAGGUCUCGCACGACUACCUCGUCCACGUCGCCCUCCAUGACUACCCCGUCGAGGAGCGCACCAAGAAGAAGAUCGAGGGCAACUGCACAGCCUUAGGCCAUCUGCGCGAGAUCGACCCGGCCUGCUUCGCGGCGCCCGAUCUCGCCACCGUCCAUGUCGUCCUUCAGCUCCAUGACCCUGCCGAGAUCCCCCACCAACUCCGGAUCGAGUACCGCGAUGGCUCCAUCAGCGUCGUCCCCGUCGAGAUUCUCAGUGUCUGGCACCAGUCACACUCCUACGACGCCAAGGGACAGUGGCGAAAUAUUGCUUAGGUCUGGCUGUCCAAAGAACCAAAUCGUUACAAAGUGAAAGUUGCUACAUCAGUUUCGCUAUAGUGAACUGUAUUUUCUUAAGAGAGAUUAUUUGAUUGGUUGUGGCUUGUGGGGCUGAGGACAACAGUGGUCUGCACUUCUUUCUCAGGUUAGAACUUUUUGGGAGCAUUCUUUUACUUCAUAUGCAAUACGAUCAACCAAUCAGUGUUCCUGCCUCGUCAAUAUGCAUUCUUAGCUAAAAACAUUCUGAUGGUUGCAUCGUGUUUACUACUCAGUUCCAAUUUACAAACAACCAAACUGUGUGAGAAGACGUGUUCACUACACAGUCAUGUACUUCUAAAAUUGCACGUAUCCUGACCUGGGAUUGCCACCUGAAUGCUAUGGAGCUUUAGAAUGGGUAUUUCCAGACUAAGCCAGGAGGCACUCUUGACAAAGAUAAAGUUGGUCGGGUGAUUAUCAUGUUUUUUAUUCUAGGGUGGUGAGAUAUUUUCUCUUCAGAUUGAUUGCUCUUCAUCCAUUCAAUCAAGAAAUCGUUUAAUGUUCCUUUUCCAGGUUUUUUUAUGAGAGGUCAUAAUUACUGAAGGUGGCCAGGGCCUCAUGAGCAAUGAGGUUCCUUGAAGGCUUUUACUUUCUAUUUUUGAGCUGCUUUGUAAACACAAUUGAGAUGGCUUGUAAGACUUGGUUCAGUUUUCUCUAUCGUCAUCCAAAUAUUGUAAAUGGAGUUGACCAUAAACUUGGAAUGUAAAUUAUAUAUCUAUCUUACCUUGCGCUGUUCGCUGGGAAGCAAAGUUUCAUAAUGCAUUAAAACAUGUUCUAGUGUUGCCCAGUUUAUCAAACAAAUAUGAUUUUGGUCCUGCAUGCUAUGUUUGGGUUCUCAUAUUGGCUCUGCAUGCACAAAUCAUCUGCCAGUUUGCUAUUUUCUUGCAGCCAUGGCUACCCUGGCAAGGGCACAACAGCGGUGGAGAAGUGCUUCAGGGAAGUCUCAGAUCAGCAGCGAGGGCCUCAUGAUGUCUCUUCUCUAGUGCGACUGCUGUCAUUUUUGAUAUGGCUUGUAAUUGCAGAGUUUUUUUAGAGCCGGAUUGUAAUUGAUGUCCUUAGUUUUUCUGUUUUCAGUCAAUGCCGUUCACAUAUGGGAAAAUUGGCUAGAGGACACCGUUAUUUUCAUUUGCCGAAUCGUUUCGCUUGUAUUCUGAACCUAUAUAACAACAAGCACCAUCUUGGCAUAGUGCAGAAUACGUGGUGAGGAUUCAGCAGCCUCUUCUCGGGAUAUUUUAUAACAGUAUAAACAGAAUGAGAUUUCAGAAUCAA